AUGGCUGCGGCGGCCGGGGACAUCCCCGUCCUCGCCGACGUCGUGGAGCGGCCCAGCGGAGACGGCGCGGAGCCUCGCCGCACGCUGCGCCCCAUUCAGGCCGUUGUGGGGAGUCCCUUUCCGCGGUGCCUCCCGGACCGCAGCUACGGCCAACGCACGGCAGACGCGCCCAGCCGCGGCGAGGCCACGCGGGCCACCCGCGCGACAGCCGCGGGCCCCGCUCACGGACUCACGGCCCACGUGCAGCCGGCGUUCGACGGCGGGGCAGACAGCCACGCAGAUGCUGCCGAGAUGGGCCUGCACGCGGGUGCUGGCGCGAUGGCUUCACUGGCGCGUCAGCACCAGUGGCAGGCGAACGAGUUUGCAGACCUGGCGCGGGGCUACUACGCCGUGCCGCUGUGCCCCUCCGGCACGGAGGCGGCGGCAUCUCCCGCACCUCUUCAGGGCGAGGCGUACCUUGAGCUUCUACUGCGCUUUUUGUGCAGCACCGUCCGCAAGCAUCGCGAGUGUGCCACGGCGGCGUUGCGGGCACGGCUAGUGGUCGAUGACAGACUGCGGGAAAGAUGCGCGUUUGGCCCUGGCUGCGCGCAGCUGCUGCGGCUCCUCAUCACGGAGCUCUCCUCCGGACACACCGUGCCGUGCAGCGCCGCCGCGGAGUGUCUCGUGUGGCUCCUUUACGACGCCACCGCCGAGGUGGUGGAGGCGGUGGGGGAGGUCGGCGUUCCCCCCACAGACGCGGCCACACGCGCGGAGGGGGCGCAUCAGCAGCAGCAGCAGCAGGAGGAGGAGGGCGUCGCCAGCGGCACAGGCAAUGAAGCGACGUUUGCCGAUCUCUCUGAGUGGAUGCGGAGCGGCGAGGACAAGGCCCGCGCGCUGGAGCAACUGGGACUGACGACGAGCGUCAUGGAUGCACUCGGGGUGCUGCCGCCGACGCUGGCCGCGCGGCUGCUGCUGGGCGGUGGCGUCUUGUCGCUCCCACGCGUCGCCGUGCGCGUGGCGGCCGACCCGCGGUACGCCCAGUUUGUGGCGGGGCGGCUGGGCAGCGUGGUGGCGGGGGCCACGCCGCUUGGGGAGGUCGUGGAGGAGCUGCUGCUGCUGCGCCGCGUGCUGCACGUGAAGCAGGCCUGCGCCGCGCUGCUGCCGCCGCUGCAGGAGGUGCUCGCUCUCUUCCUCCGCCACGUGUGCGCCGCGCCCGACGAGGCGCCGCGCUGCGUCUCGGACGUUGUGGCGUGUCUCGCGGCCUUCCUCGUGCUCCGCGCCUUUGUGCGCCACGGGAUCUUUGACGUCUUCCACGACCUCCGCGACACGCUGCUCACGGCGGUGGGCGUGGGUGCGUGCAUGCCGGCGGAGAUGUGGCUCCUCCUCACCGCCGCGGCCCCGGUGGAGACGUGCGGGGUGGAGUUGGCGCGCGUCGCGCAGCAGACGCUGCUGCCGCGCGUGCAGGCCGUCGAGGACGGCGUGGGGGACGCGGCGCCGCCGGGCCACUGCGCCGCGCUGCUCGCCGCCCUCACCUCGACGCACUACCUGGCGACGUACUUCACCGUCGCCUGCGGGGCGGCGGAGACGGAGGCGCUGCUCGGCGCUGCGGGCGAGACCCAAGGGCGUGUACAGGCAAUGCUGGCGACGUGCCUGCUGACCGCCACGGGGCUGCAGCGUGCCUUCGCCCGAGUGGGGGAGCAUCGAGGCGUGGGGGCCGCCGCCACGGCACCCAACCAGCCGCCCACGACGCUGAACCUGCGUUCCUUUGUGGAGGCUGCCUGGGCCUCCCUGAACCACGCGCGGGUUCGCCUGAUGGCCGCGGCGCACGCCGCCUUCCCUGCGGUUUGCUGCGAGGCCUCGAUGGGCUACGCCGCGGCUCUGGCCGCCCACUUUGAGCAGCGCUGCAUGGGCAUUUCCCAAGUGGCGGGGCACCUGCCGCCGGACGAGCUGUGCACCAUGAUUGAGGUGGCCGGCUUCAUGCGGCGGCACUCGCGCGCCACGCCGCGCGAUCACCGGCGGCAGUACACACGAGACACGUACGUUGCCGAGGUGUUCAUUCUGCACGGCAUCGCCGUGACGAAGCACUGCCUGGACGCCGCCCCCACGAUGAUAGCCGCGAUGCUCGGCCUUCCCGACGACACCGAAUUUGGCGCGGUGGUCCGUGCACCCUCGCCACCGUUGCCGCUUGUGGCGUUGGGGCAGAGCUUGCGCCGUGCCGUCGAGCAGACGCAGUGGCCGUGGUUCCUCUUCCCCCUCUACGACGCGGAGCUGCCGUGUAAGUCCGCGUGGUGUGCCUGGCUGCAGCAGGCGCUUGGGGCGCACGAGGGCGUGAAGCGGUUGCUAAGGUGGGACCUUGUGCUGUGCCACGCCCUCAAGUGGGCGGUGCUGCACCGCGCGACGCAGCGGGACUGGGGCAGCCAACACGACGGCGCUGACGGCGCGCCCUGUGGGGAGAACGCGGACCUCGUCGCGCUGCUGGAGGUGCUCUGCGGCGGGGUGCUGCCGUCGUCGGGGGGCGUUCUCAGCGACGCGGCCUCCGACGCGCUGAAGGCGCUCACCGCCUACGCCGCCCCCCACGCGGAGGAGUCGAUGAGCAGGCGCCUUCUUGAGGCGCUUGCGGUGGCCGCCGCCGCCUGCCCCCCGCCUGUUGCCGUCGUGCUCGCUCGGCUUAUUGCCCACACCGUCAUGACGGGAGAAGACACGCGGCACCGCAACUUCGCAGACGCGGCUGCGCCUGCCAUCCCCACCGCGGCGAGCGCCGGCGCAAGUGAUGGCGGGAGCGGCGUCGUAUUUGCAUCUUCCGUGAGUUCUGAGCGUCUUUUGCGGCGGUGGGCCGCGACAGGGCGGCUGAGCGAGGCGGCGCCGCUCACAGGAGCCGUGGCGUGGGAAUUGGGGGACUUUGUGGAGCUCCUGCAGACGGCGGCGGAGCGGCGGGGCGGCCGCAUCCUGCAGCACCUCUUGGAGGGCGCCGCCCGCGCCUACCUGCGCCAGCACCACCCACUGACCGCAUUCGAGCGCCAGGUGUUGUGCCGCACGCAGGCGGAGUUGGCGUGGUGCCCGGCGUGCCUGCAGGAGGCCCUGGCGGAGCCGCAGGGGCAGCAGCAGUAG